AUGUCCACCGAUACUCCCCAGCCCGGGCCGGGCCAGCGCACGGCUCAAGAUUUGGUGAAGGAGAUUGCGAAAGAGCGCGGCUAUCUUGGCGAAGAGCAACUUGCGCGGAUUGGAGAGAUUAACCCUGAGCUUAGACGCGAGGUGGAAGAAGCUCUCCUUCGGAAGGAUGAGAUGAUAGGCUCAGCUGUCUUAACGCUGGCACGAAAUCUCUACACAAGUAAUGCCAGAUUUGUCUUUGAGCUGCUCCAAAAUGCCGAUGAUAAUACCUACAGCACGGCUCUCUCCAGCGGGCAAGACCCAUAUGUAUCUUUCCAAGUUCGGCCAGAUAAGGUGUCGAUUGAGUGCAAUGAGAACGGCUUCACGCAUGAGAAUCUAAAGGCCAUCUGCGCAAUCGGCAAGAGUUCAAAAGUCGGGGCAGCUGGGUACAUUGGAGAGAAGGGUAUUGGCUUCAAGUCAGUGUUUAUGGCGGCUUGGAAGGUUCAUAUUCAGUCAAACGACUUUUCGUUCUCGUUCACGCAUCGCAAAGGCGACUCCGGUCUCGGCAUGGUUACACCUGUAUGGGAGCCUGCAGAUGAGUCAAUGGGUAGCUCUUCGACUCGCAUCACGUUGUUUUUACAUAUGAGUGAUGACCCGGAGGAAGACGCGAGGCAACGCGAGACGAUUCGACUUCAGUUUCAAGACCUACAACAUACGAUCCUACUCUUCCUUCGCAAACUCCGAAAGGUGCAAGUCUCAUUCUUUGAUGAGGACGACACUCAAACAUCGAGCACGACAUAUUCUCUUCAUGGGAGUAACCCGGUUACUGUGAAGAAGGAGACACUUGAGGGGGUGGAGGAGAGGCAGUAUCAUGUCACGAAACACAUUGCUGAGAAUAUCCCGAAGAGCGAGAACAGGACGUACUCCGAUGAGCAAGAUCGCGCCGACUCGUCUACGGAGGUUGUGCUGGCAUUUCCUUUGGCGGAGUCAGGUACACCAAUUGUUGAGAAUCAAGAUGUCUUUGCAUUUCUACCAAUGCGCCCCAUGGGCUUCGAGUUCCUUAUCCACACCGAUUUCGUCACCGAAGCCAGUCGACAGGGUAUCGUCACUACAUCCCUCCGAAACCGCGGCCUCUUGAACGUCAUCGCAGAUUGCUUCAUCAAAGCCAUUGAAGAGUUCUGUCAGCACCCGACGCUCCAAUACCAGUGGAUGCGCUGGCUCCCCCAACGAAACUCUUAUCCUUGGGACGGCUUCUGGAUAGGUCUCCUCGACAGGAUCGAAGCGCGCAUACAAGAAGUCAAAAUGCUUCGCACGCUCGGUACUGGAAGGUUGGAUUACAUUCACAAGCUUUGCCGUCUUCAGCCAUGGUUACGCGAUAAAGAUGGUGAUCCGCUUUUCACGGAUCUUGACGAGGAGAUUUAUCUUGCGAAGGAGUAUACGCGCGAGGAUUUGAAACUGUUGGAGCCGUAUGGACUGGAAAGUAUGUCGCCUUCAGAUGCGAUCACUCGUGUUGAGAAGGAUCUCGAGAAGGACCCCCAUCAAUCUAGGAUGAAGAAUCCCACCACAGAUAACGAAUGGCACUCCCUUGCAGCACGAGCGCUCGUCUUGUUGAAGAACACUGCGAUAGUAGGUCCCGCUCAAGACCGCCUCAAACAACUUCGAUUCGUCCCCCUCGAGAAUGGCACCUGGGUUUCUUCAAGCAGCGGGCCACUGUACUAUUCGCAUUCCUCGGGAAGCCUUGCAAUCCCUGACGACCUUGAUUUGAGUCUGGUCGACUCGGAAGCAGCGAGUAAUCCUGAUCGGCGUGCUCUGUUUGACAAGUUCGGAGUCAUUGAGGCACUUGUGAAGGAUGUGCGAGCCCUAAUCCUGAAGAAGCCAAUCAGGCCGGUGGCUGAUGCAGGUACUCUGGCGGCGUCCAUCACCCAUCUUAAGUUCUUGUACCUUUCCGAAGUGCUUCUUGAGGAUGACGAGAAUCAAGCGAAGUUGCGUGGCUACCAUGUGUAUGACCAGAAUAUGAGAGCACGGUCACCAACUAAGCAUGAUGUCUAUCUCACAACAGACGACGAGUAUGGACCCAGCGAAUUGUUCAAACCCCAGGGAGACGCGCCCGGCUUUCCAGCGCCUUUUCUCCAUCAUGACUACAUCAAGGAAAAGCCAGCUACACCACCGGGUUACUCCUGGGGAUGGGAGGGAUGGCUUCAGCUACGCCUCCGACUUCGGCUUCAACUCCGACUUGCCAAAAAGGGUCCGGACCGAGAACUAGAGCUGUCUUCCGCCUUUCGCUACAUCGAGCAGCACCGACCGGAAAGUCUUUUGGGCUCCCUUCAGAGAGUCUGGGAGCUUGAGAGGAAAGAAGUCACGGCAUCCGCCAAUAUCAUGAGGGAGUUGCGCCAAGUCGAGGUCGUGUGUAAAGGACGAGAUGAGUUUGCUUUGUCUGAGCCUCUGUCGACGACUUACUUACCUCUGCCUGAGCUUGAGGGGAAGCAUUCGCGUUAUGCUGAGGAUGAAGGUUUUGUGUUUCUGGACUUGAGUGAACCGAUUACUUCGAGCACGUAUCGUACCAAAUGGGGUUUCUUGGUUGACGAUCUUGGGGUUGGGUGUACUGAUGACCUCCAAUUCUACCUUACUAUUCUGAGGACAAUACGGUACAGUAAUGCUGCUGCUGGAGUGCGUCGGAAUACCAGAGUCUUGGAUCUUUAUGAAGUCAUUCAUGCCCGGUGUCGGGAAGCUGAUAGCUUCCUCGACUCGCAGGCAGAAGCAAGACAAGCUAUCAACGAUGGAAACCUCAUAUACAUCCCUGCUCACGGCUCGAGCCCAGCGACAUGGACAUCAUCCGACAAGUGCCUAUGGAACGCCCGAGAAGACAUGCAGACGGCAUACCCCCUGGUCCACCUCUACCGAAUCGUUUUUCAUCGCUCAGAAGAAGAUCUCAAUGUCUUGCGACAAUUUUUCAAGACAGUACUCGGAGUCAAAGAUUGUUCGUGGGAGGAUUACCUGAAUGAGAUACGGAGAUUGAAGGACUUGAAGAGUGAGGACUUUGACUGGGUUAAUGACCUGUACUGUUCCUUGGACUCCGAGAGGUUCGGCCUCAUGGAGAUUGAUGCUACAAAGCUAAGGAAAACGUUUGCCGAGGAGGCAUUGAUCUACUUCAACAUCGGAAACGUAAGCCGUUGGUACACAGUCGGCGAAUGCCUUUGGUCAGGCGCUACACAGAUCCGAGGCAGAGCAGCUCUCAAUGAUCUUUACCCCGACCUGGAAGAUUUCUUCGUCAGCUUCCUCGGGGUACAAGAGCUCACGCUCGAUAUGGCCUACGACGAACUCAAGGAGAUGGGCAGCAGAGUGCCGCCACCAUCGAUCGCCGCUGUUAAAGAAACCAUCUGGGCCCUCAAUUCGCUCCUCAGUUCGACUGUUGAUCCGCCUGAUGAAGAGCCGAUAUUUCGGGGGACGGUAUUUCCUUCAGGGCGCACGCAAUUCGCUAUUGCGGACCGAAAGGCUCUGGGUGAUGUCUUCGCUCCUCAGGCCAAGAUGCUCGACUUCACUUUGGAUGAAGUUCGUCGGCUACGGCCAUUUCUUUCAUGGCUCGACUUGGAGUCGCGGUGUUUGUCUAUUUCUGUGCGUGAGAUCUCAACUGUGGCGGGCGGACGUAUGGACAAGCUGCAGUAUCCGGACAGGGAAAUCAGGCAAAAGGCAGACGGGCUGUACAGAAUCGCGGUUCACUUUAACAGUCCUCGAACUUCGGAGGAUAACUCAGAGCUUUACUGGACCCUCAUGGGCGCAAAAGUCUACGAAACGGACGGCAUCUCCUCCGAACUCCAUUUGUCACAGGAUGGCCAUGGUCUGAUACACGUGCAAGAGAGGAGUGAACUUCACAUACGCGAAAAUGACAGCCACCUCGAAGUUUACGUUCCUCGUGAUCCCAAGACCCAAGGAUUCUGUUACUUCUCUACUCUUCCAAGACGGUUUCUAGAAUGGAUGAUGACAGAUCCGGCCACCUUACAAGUCAAGCAUGCUGGCUCCAAAGCUGUCCAGAUCAUUCUGGAGGCGGAGGGUAUUGUCGAGGUGGACAUACCUCAAGGGAUAGGUGAGCAGGAAGCUGACAAUGAAAUCGAUGCAUCUGAAGGAGAACAUGUUGAUGUCGAAGAGGAGGGCUUACAUGAUGCCACUGUAUAUCAUGAAGCUCAGGAGACAAACGAUGAGACUACCUUCCACGAAGCGGAGGAGGAUCCCAUCGCUCGAUUCCUAGCACAACCAGAGAUUCACGAAGACGACAUAUCGAGCGACGAAGACUCUAUGCUCAACACAUUCGACAAUAUGAGAUCUCCUCCAAGACUUUCAGACCUCCCUAUCCGACAACGAAGUCCAGCAACUUCAAACUCAUCCGUCACUGGACGACGACUGUUCACCCCAACUUCGUCCACGACCGAAUACUUCCGCCAGAACAGGCGAACAUCGUCAAAUGUUCAUCGGAACACGGGCAGACAUGAGUCUUUACAAUCGAUGCCAAGAUCAGCAAGUCAGCCAGCAUUCGUCUUCGGCUCUUCACCUACAGCACAGCCCAGUUCAGCGUUCCUAUUUCAGAGCUUUGGCGAAGCAUCCCAGCAUCCUACCAUUGAGGAUGAAGAAGAUUAUCUGAGACUAGUCGAUAAUGUCAUUUCGGUCGCAAAUGCGACGGUACUCCCUAGUAAGGGUGCUGAUGACAUGUCGGGGCUCUUUGGUGCAUUGCCAGAAGUGGAUGAAGAAGAGUUCGAGUUAUCACGACAAUUCAGGUCGCAUGGCCUUCAUGAACGAGACAUGCGAAUUGGAGCUCUUGGUGAACUAUUUGUAUAUGAACUUCUUCGCAACAUGAAUCCACCACUACCGCGUUUCAGUCGCGACAAUUGGCAAAGCCAAAUGAGGAAAUUCAUCACCAUCCAUCCCGACUACUCAGACAUGCUCCCCUGGACCGCCCAAGAAACCGCCGACAUUGUGUACUUUGACCGAAAGCGGGUAUUGACGAAUCACUUGGUAGACAAAGGGUAUCUCGACAAAACAGCUUGGCAGAACAAAAAGCCUCUGUUCUUGAUCGAAGUCAAGUCUACGACGGGACAUAGCCGAACACCGUUUUAUAUGAGUAAGCGACAGUACCAAAAGGUAAGUCUUGACAGUUUUCUUUUUUGGAUUGUACUUGUGACUACUUUCACCAUGUCUCGCCGUUAUUCCAUCCUCAAGGGUGACGACCUUGAUCCCGCUAACAUUCGCCUCGGAACUCCUGAUCAUCCUGAGAUCAACCCUCUAAUGCGUCAGCUAGUCACACCACCCUCCACCGGCUCUUCCCAGUCUGAAGAUACUGGCAAGGGUUCUCUUUACUCCAAGAUUCGCGCCAACCCUGAGCCUCGUGUCGCUCCCCGUCGUGAAGAGGCUCCGCCUGGCCAUGUCCGUCUUCUUGGCGGAUACAUCUGUCCUUUUGACUGCCCUGGAUCUAAGGAGGAGGAUCUUACCGAGGGUAGUGUUUAUCAUUGCCCAGCUGAGAUUCUCAAGCCCAAGGACGCUGGUGAGUUUCCCGGUGAGAACACUCAGGUUGAUGACCAGCCUGAGGAGGACACUUCCCUCAAGGCUCCUCAGCGCCCCAUGCUCUACCUUCGUGGUAUUAGCACUCCUUCAGCUCCAGCUAGUCCGACAUCUUCACCCUUCCAGGGCGCUGGCACUCUGUACCAGGGUAUCAACCCGUAUCCUCCUCAGGAUAUCACCUCUUAUUCCCCUCAGCCCAUGGGCCCUGAUCAUCUUCAUCCCAUCGGUCCUAUGAGCCCACACCAUGCCAUGAACCCUCCCAGCCCUGACUUUGUUCAGCCCAUCAUCCCUUACCACCCCAAGCCUAUUGGCCCUGGUCUUCCUGAGCCUAUCGGCCCUCAUUCUCUUGAGCCUUUUGGUCCCCAUCCAUCACAGCCCAUCGGCUACAACCAUGCUGAGCCUAUUGACCCUCAUCCCCAGGCUCUUGGUCCUCACCUUUUCCAACCCAUGGGCCCUCACUAUCCUCAGGCUAUGGACCCUGACUUUGUUGAGCCGAUCAUCUCCUACCAACCACAGCCAGCUGGUAUCUACCACCCUCAGCCCAUCGGCUCCCUGGAUCAGAUGCUCAGCUCGUCUCCCCACGAGGCUGCCACUCCUACUCCCCCUCAGCGUCGCUCCAUCACGUUCAACCCUGAGGCGAGUGAGUUCACUCCCAGUCCUACCGGCCCUGGCAUGAUCACCCACAAGGAAUGUGAUGUUGAGGGAUUCGGUGCACUGAACGCUAACUUUCAAGCUUCCAUGGCCGAGACUGUUCAGGGAACUUACAGCCAGAUUCUGACCAUUGAGGAUGAGCGUGAUCGUGAGGAUGCGAUCAACGACUUCUACUAUGCGCAGGCUCGUCCUUGGACUGAUGAGGAUACUCGUCGCGAGAAGGAGGAGCAGGAGCUUGAGGAGCGCAAGCAACGCUUCGGCCGCAAGUGA